CACCGUAAACCAGAGCUCCGCCUGAAGGUAGCGCUCUGUGGUUGCUUAGCAACGGGACGCUGGAACAUUGCCAGGCCUGAUGGUUGUGCUUCUUUAGUCCGGACCUCGUCGGAACCUAGAGCUAAGCAGGGUGGAGCCGUCGUGUAGGACCAGCAUGGACAAUCGCUACCCCGGCUCCAAGACUGAGGGGAAGAGGGAAGCAGUGGAGCAAAUUCCCGAACAGAGUAUAGAGCCGAAGGGGCGACUGCAGCGGUACCAUGAAACUCAAGCUAUUAUGCGUCUGGAAGGACCCCAACAUGGGCAGCUGUCAAACGACAAGAAGAAAAUAUUUUCCUUUACAUUGGGAAUGCUUAACCAGCACAUAGAUGAGAUUGCUGACCAGCUUUCAGGUAUCCAACAUGCUAAGGAUACAGAGAAGGAUUCGUGUGAAGCUCAGCUGGCAGAGGUUCAACGUGAUUUGGAGCAUAUUAAGGAGCAACUGAACCUAGAGAACCUGCUGCUAGGUAACAGCCAACCUGCAUCACUAACCAUGGAAUCUGGCAUGGAGAAGUUGACAGUUUUAGAGGAAACUACAGUGCAGAAAGAAGAGGUUAUGAACAACAUUGCCUUGUUGGAGGAGAAAGUAAAACAGCUCAAGAAGAAGACUCUCCUAGCACAUGACAGACAACAUGGAUCACCAGUAGUGAAUGGCUCUGACUCUGAACCCUGUUAUCAAACAGAAGACUUGAGACUGGAGUCCAAACAAGAUAUGGUCCAAGGGCAACUAUUAUCCACUUCUGUGAAUGAAGGGGAUAUCCUGCAGGCCCAAAAGAAGAAGAUAUUUGGUUCAAGUCAGAUCUUCUUAAAUAUGGAGGAUAAAUAUUUCAAGAUCCAACCUAUUUCUUUCAGUAAUGUUGUUCAAGACAAGGUCACACAGCACUAUGAGCGUGGUCUCAAGCACAUGUCUACUCAGCAAUAUGAAAGUGCAGUUGUCUCAUUUUCAAAAGCAAUUGAACUGAAUCCAGAGAAGGCAAAACACUACAUUAAGAGAUCAGAGGCUUUUCUCCAACUCUGUGAUUUUAAGUCUGCAGCACUAAAUUUACAGAAGGCCUGUUCAUUUACACAACCAAGGAAGGAGUACACUGAAUUGUUGGCCUUUAUAUUUUACCUGCAGGGGCAGUGCCUGUUUGAGCGGGAGUGCUAUCUGGAUGCACUGGAAUAUUUUACCCGCAGCUCAGAGCUUCAACCCUUGAAUAAACAGUGUCACUUAUGCAGUAUAUCCUGCCUUGCAGCUCUGGGAAGACAUGCAGAGUGUAUCCGCUUGGUUACUAAAUGGCUGGAAGAGGAACAAGGAAAUCCAGACCUGUAUGUUGUUCGUGCAAGGCUUUAUGACUACUUAAACCAGGCAUCAAUGUGCUAUCAAGAUUUACAGAGUGCUCUAUCACUGCACCCACAGCACACUGUAGCCUGCACCAUGCAAGAAAAGCUGAUGGCCAAAGCAGAGGAAGCAAAAAUGAAAGCCAUCAAUCAUGCAGUUCAAGGACAUUUCCACGAAGCCCUCAAGAAAAUAUGCAUUGCCUUAGAAUACAGUCCAUCAUCAGCUGAGUACCAUGUAUUCAGGGGCACGGUAUACAGAAAGCUUAAGGAUUUUAGCCCUGCUGUUGAUGACCUUGUUUUGGCAAUGAAUUUGUGUGAUGCACAGGAGCCUCUGGAAAUGCAAUUACACUCUGAAGCUGAGUUGCAGCUCCAUCUCACCUAUAAUGACUUUGCUGUUCACUGCUACACAAAGGGCUUUUAUCAGGAAGGGGUUCUAUUACUGAACAAGGCUCUGAAUGGAGAACAAAACAAAAAGGAGCUUUAUGUUAAUAGGGGUGACUGUUUUUUCCAGCUUGGGGAGCUGUCUUUUGCCCUUGCAGAUUAUGAGCAGGCUUUAGAGCUGGACAGCACUAACUGGGGUAUUCACACUCGCAUUGCCAAGCUUCUGGAUGAAUUGGGGCUAAAAACUCAGCAGUCCAGGCAGUACCAGCAAGCAGAGCUUCACUUCUCUGAAGCCAUCAAACACCAACCUCUCCUGCCACAGCUAUUCCUACACAGAUCUCAGGUUAGGCAUUAUCUGCAGAAUAUCACUGAUGCCCAGAUGGAUGCUGUCAUCUCUAUUCUAUUGCACCCCAACAGCAAUGAGGCCCUGCUAACUGUGAUGAAGUUUUUUCCUGGCAAAUCUUUGGAGGAGAUUCUAAGGAGCAAACUAGCCAAUGCUGCCCAGUGUGUGUUGCACAGAAGUCUGAGAGAACUUCCAGUAGCCUGGAGAGAACACAUCCAUUCCUUUGGGAAGCCUGAGGUAGAAGCUUCUGGCUCCAAGAAUUCAGGAUCAAAACUAGAGAUUAAUACAUGUCUGAGUGACCAGCAACUGAUGGCAGAAUUGAUUAAAGCUCGUAGAUCGUAUGACUCCAAUAUCCAAGAAGCCCUGAAUUCAAAAGGCCCGUUCCAGUCCCACGGCCCACAUUUGCCAAAGAUAAGCCGGCCCGAGAAUAAGAACCCACAGGCUUCACACACUUGGAAGACGCUGAGCUUUAGAGAGACACAUGUUGGCUGAAUGGAGACGGAUCACAUUUUCUUACUAUACUUACCAUUUCCUAAUACAUAUGUUCAUGAAAAGAAACUGACUAAAAUGCUAGUAAAUGAUACAAGGCAUUUGUCCGUUCUUAUAAAACCCUCCACCCACACUGACGUUGAUAUACUAAACCCCUGAAUCGGUACAGCAUUCCUGUGUGAUGUAUGUUAUAAGGCCUUUUCCAGCUAAUUAAAUGUUGACUGUAUAAACUGAAGUGAAUUACUGUUUAGUACAUAAAGACAUUUAUUAUGGCAACCUAGCUGCAGUUGGGACUAGGGAUAACCGUCAGCAAUAAAGCGGAGCCGAGCAGGGAUUGGCCCAAAAAUACCUACUUUCACAUUUCAUGCCAAUCCCUGCUCGGCUUUGCUUUGUGCAUCCUAGUGAAGAAGAAAGCUGUACUUUUCAGUGCAGUUUCGCUGAGGUGUAGAAGGGAGUGAAUCUACUACUGCAAGCUGAAAGCAGAGGAGCCUACAACCAAUAUGCCUGCCUGCCAUGGUUACUGUGCUAGUUUUCUGUUUAAUACAAUAUUUGGGAACUUAAGAACAUGCAAAUACAAAGUAUUGAAUAGAUAAACCCCAGGAAGUUUCCAGUUAAAAGGGGUUGUUCACCUUCCAAACUCUUUAGUCAGUUAAUUUGUUUACAGAUUGUUUACCAGAAAUAAAUCAUUUUUUCUCCGUU